CAAUUUAGCAGAACCUAGAGGCAGUGUCGUCAAUGAUUGUUUUGAAAACAGUUUUCUUGCAAAGAGUGGAAUAUUUUGUGACAUUCUCCAGUGAUUAUCAUGAAUUUCCUGGUCUGGAGGCACUGGAAAACCAUUGCCAGCUAUUCUCCAAGUUAUGCGAGGGCAUUUUCCUCGUCGAUAAAGCAUGAGUUUGAGAAGAAUUCUCAGGACUUGCCUGUGAAGAUUGGCCAGCCAACAGGUUACAGUCAUCCUCACCUCCUGAAAACGUCGGAAGUCGUUGUGGGUGUCACAAAAGAGGAGCUGAGAUUGCGGCGACUGAAAUUGCUGGAGAGCAUCGCCAGGAGCUCCACACAAUCCCAGGAACACAUUGUAGUUAUCCCAUCAGCCGGGAAGAAGUACAUUAGCGACAAGAUUCCUUAUGUCUUUCGUCAGAAUUCUGACUUUAGAUACUUGUCAGGAUGCCUGGAGCAGGACAGUGUGCUGCUGUUACUGCUGGACAGCAGCGGAAGAGACAAAAGUGUCCUCUUCCUAAGGCCGAAGGACAAACACGCAGAAAUGUGGAAUGGCACGCGAACUGGACCAGAGAUGGGAGUGGAAGUCUUUGGAGUGGACGAAUCACAUGAUACAAAGCACUUGAUGGACUACUUAACGAAAUUUUCCAAGGAGAACCGAUCUUGUGUGCUUUGGGGAGAUCGCAGUGCUCUCCAGGAGCAACCAGAAGUCUUGAACAGUGUCUCCAUGCUCAGCGAACAGAUUGAGAAGCCCCUGGAGCCUGUGACUUCGCUCAUACACAGGCUGAGACUGAUAAAAUCCUCUGCAGAAGUUGAACUGAUGAGGAGAACAUGCCAAAUUGCUUCGAAAGCCAUCAAUCGGACCAUCACAGAAUCUCGACCAGGAGAUUCUGAGCAUCAUCUCUUUGCCAGAGUAGACUAUCACUGUCGCAUGAGCAAUGCAGACUUCCUGGCCUAUCCGCCCGUCGUGGCGUCUGGGAAUAAUGCCACAAUAAUCCACUACAUUGAGAAUAGCCAAGUGAUCGAGGACGGCAAACUAGUGCUGAUGGACGCUGGCUGUGAGUACGGGGGAUACACUAGUGAUAUCACGAGGACCUGGCCCAUCAGUGGGUGCUUCACAGAACCCCAGAAAAUCCUCUAUGACGUGAUCCUGACACUGCAGAAAGACCUGCUGGCGACACUGCUGAAUUCAGGAGGAACUUGCUUGGAUGACCUCUUCGACACAAUGUGUGUGAAGCUGGGAAUGUACCUCCAGGAAGUUGGACUGAUCAGCAAAAACCUGUCCGGAGUGAGUCUAGCCCGAGCUGCUUACUCUUUCUGUCCCCAUCACGUUUCUCACUACCUGGGGAUGGAUGUGCACGACACACCAACAGUUUCACGAACAGUCAAUCUCAUCCCAGGGAUGGUGUUCACAGUAGAGCCAGGAAUCUACAUCUCAGAGAAUCGCCAGGACGUGCCUCCAGAGUUCAGAGGAUUGGGAAUUCGCAUAGAAGAUGACUGCGUAGUCACUCCAUCUUCCACAAUCGAGAUCCUCACGUCAGAGUGCGCGAAAGAAAUGAAAGAACUUAAGGAUUUGGUGAAAUCUUGAUAGGCAAGGAUUGAA